AUGGCAAAGCAAGGACAACGGCGGAAUGCUGCUCGAUUUGUGUUAUUGGAGGAUCCGGAAAUGGACCAUCUGUCUUUUAGCAGAAGGAUACUGCAAAGUGAACUGGGAUUUAAUCCUGCUCAGCUUGACUUCGUCUUCGCCUUACCGGAAUCCCCUGGACAGGACUUUGUGACACUGGACUAUCGACUACGCUAUUACCCAAGUAUCACAUAUGCAGUUAUUGGCAGUGCCAUCAUCUUUGUCCUGGUAGUGGCAUUGCUGGCCCUUGUCCUGCACCAUCAGAGGAAGCGAAGUGUCUUGCUGCCACAGGGGGUCUACAGAGGUUCUUGCCACCAACCACUCCUGCUCUCCCGGCUUGUCAUACUGGACAGAGGACAUGCCCAUCCUGGAAGCCAUGACCUUUCACCCCAGUGUUCAUCCUCAACAGAGGCAUUCAGCUCAGUCCAUAGUCUCCAGUUGCUCUCUUUUUCACAAUAUCCAAGAACUGUGAUAGACUUGCCACCAUCAUACUCACAGGCUGUACUGGAUGCUGGCCGACCCGCAUGGUUUGAUCUCCCACCUCCUCCUUACCCUCCAGAGACUACUACAGUUCAGUCUGAGAGAGAACCACCUGUUUAUGAGGACCCAGCUGAAAUUACAGAAUCAGCCAGAGCUGUAUUAUCUCAAAUCAGGACCAACAACACCAACACUGACACCAGUUGUGCAGAGUAAAGAGUCUUGGCAGCCACCAGUCAAUUCAGAAGAUAUGGACUGUAUGUACAUUAUGAAAUUUCUAUGCAGAAUGUUUAGAAAGAAAAGCAUUGAUGAUGUAGAUGUUUGCAGAUUCACCAAGUAUGUGUAGGAGCAUGUUAGUGCCAUCAUCAGGUGGCCAAAUAACUGUAUUACUUUUAUCAUAAUCAAUGCCAUUGGCAGCCAAAAAAGCACUAUACAGAUGGUGCUAAUCCAGAAUUAGCUUUUUACUAUUGUUGCAAUAGUUUAAAUAUACAAUUGACACUAUUGACUGCAGUAAUGCUAUGAGCAUAGACUUUACCUACACAGUAAAAUCCUGAGUGUUAAAUUAACUGCUCGGAG